GAGUCUGGUCCGACAGUCCGCGUGUUACCCCCAGCCGUAAAGCAGGGCCGCGUUUUCUCGACUUCCGGUUAUCCCGUACCCGCCACGACUAGACGCAGAAAUACGCGAACCGCGCUUCGGUCAUUCGUUCCCGCGGACGUCCAGUGAACCGGAAGUGGCAUUCGAACCAGUGAAAUCGCCAGGAAAUAAUCUUCGUCGAAGCUUCGUCGACACGUUGCUGGAUUUUAUACAGAUCGACGAGGAACGAAGAAAUAUGCAGAGGUGGGAGAGAGACUCGUGGGUGCUGAUCGACUGAUCUACUGGGCCAGUAUCGGUGACGGGUUGGGUACUGAGCAAGUUUGGUGAUCGCGAACGAAGUGUCGUUCGAGAUUGGCGGCCUUUAGAGAGCUAGGGAGUUCCACGGGACCCGGCAAAUGUGGCUCUGUGCACGGUGAGCCGGGGUUACGGGGGCCGCGGGGCCCGUGGCGGUGGGAGCAGAUCCCGUGGCGAGGCAAGCGUGAGGCUACCCCUGAGUCCUCGCACUUUGUGCGCCCCUGGGGCCGGAGGUGGCGCACAUGUGCACGCACAGGGCACCGGACCCGGCGCGACUACGCCCGCGCCGACCGGUCCCCCUGGGACCGGAAAUAAUCCUGGCACGGAAGAGGGAUCCGGCCUUCCAGACGAGCCAAUGGUACAUGUCGAGAGAGCCGCGCAACAGGGUACUUGGAUAUGCUGCGUGCCGUGUUACUGGCUUCGUCGAAGUAAGGCCGUGCACAAGGCGUUGCUCACGUUCGCGAUGCUGCUUGUCACCAGUUUGCUCGUCACCAGUCCUGUCCUCUUCCUCAUCACCACGCUGCCGGAGGGAGAGCAGCCGCGUGAAUGCGUACCGGUGGACGAAGCCUGCAUCAGGGAGAGGGAUGGCCCGGAGGGCUUGUGCGACUCGAAAGCCUGCGAGGAAGCGUCGAAGCGGAUGGUGGCGUUCAUGAAGAAGGGGGUGGAUCCUUGCAAGGACUUUUAUCAGUUCGCGUGCGGCGGCAUUCGCGAUCAGCAGCCGUAUCGGCCGAGCUCGAGCUUCAACAUGCUUCAGGCGAGGGUCGACGAUCGUCUUCACAAGCUGCUGGGGAACAGGACGGGCCACAUGGUGGGCGUGUUCGAGAAGCUGGGCCAGUUUUACAACGGUUGCUUGGAAUUCAAGGAGAAACCGGUGAAUUUUACACCCGUUUACGAGCUUUUACGCGAACUCGGCGGCUAUCUACCCCCGAAGAGCAUCGCACCAGCCGACAUUACGCCCCUAGUUUCGAGGCUAUUGAGGGUGAACGGCGCCCCCCUCUUCGACUUCUUUGUCGAUGUGGAUCUUUACGAUCGAUCUAGGUCGUCCGUCUUCUUGGACCUGCCUACGAAACAUCAAGAAGACGCGUUCUUCGCGGAGAACCCGGAAGAACGAUUACGAUGGGCCAAGGCGUACUCGAUGAUGGAGAAGCAGCGAAAGAGGGCGGUCCACGAGGAAAGCCGAGCUUACACCAUGAUCAAGAAUAAAAUGGAAGAGCAAAGGUCACGGAGGAUUCAGAAGAUCGUUGACGGCCUUCUGCCGAAGACGAUGGAUCCGAAGGAUCGCGCCUCGGAGACCGAUCUGCUGCUACAGUUCUGUUUAUCUCUCAGCAAGAUCUAUCCGAAGCACAAGGAUCUAUACAAUUGGGUGGACGUGGAUCAGAGGGUGUACGUUCCUUUCAACAUGUCGUAUCUGCAAGAAAGUUUCGGUUAUAUAAGGUGGGGGACGCUGCUGAACGCCACUUUAGGCGCUGCCACUGCCGAUCUUUACAAUCACAGCCGCAAUCGGGAACGUCCUGCUUACGGCUACGACGAUCAACUGGUCUACGUUUAUGUUACCGCACCGCGUUACUUCCGCAGCCUUGGGAAACUGCUGAAUCGUUUUUCCCGAAGGAUUAUUCACAAUGGACUGUUGCUGUUGUACGCGACGGACACCCUGCACGACAUCGUGAACGUGACCGGGAGCAAGGACUGGGAGCUGUCCUGUUUCAAGCUGACGAAGGAUGUCUUCAGCGAAAUCGUGGGUGCUCUGUAUGUGCAGCAGUACACGCCGCAGUAUUUAGAAAACCUAGCUAACAAGGUGGGAGGGCUGUUCGAACGCGUGAAAGAGACAGUAGCUGAGCGCAUUUUGGUGAAAUCUUGGCUAGACGAGGAGACAAGGACGCAGGCGUUGUUGAAGCUGAACUCGUUGCGGGGAAGAUUUCACGUGUGGCCUGGUUUCCACAAUGAGAGCCUGCUGGCCCGCGAAAUGGCCGAGGUGGAGAUCGAUCCGGCGGAUUUCUUCCACACCGUGUUGAAACGAUUUCGACAGGUUCGCACCGUGGACGACAAGGUUUUGCGCAGGAACGUCACCGAAAAACGUCGUCAUCCCUAUAGCGUAUCCGCUUACUACGAAUCUUCGACGAACACAAUAGGCAUUCCACUUGCGAUGAUGACAGCUUGGUCAUGGUCCUGGGAUGCUGGGCCAGCGUAUGCAGCGCACGCGACUCUAGGAUCGGUGAUUGGUCACGAGAUUCUCCACGCUUUCGACCUCCAUCGACGUCGACUGCCAUUGGAUCCCGAUAUGAACGUCGAUCAGUGGCUCUGGAUCACGCCAGAGUCUUGGAAGAGGUUGGAAGCGAGGAUCGAAUGCGUCGCGAGGCUUUAUGCCAGAAGCUUUUGGAGGAAGGUUCAGUUUUAUGGGAACGACGUUGCUGUACAGUUCGACUGGAACGUGACGAGGAACGAGAAUGUCGCUGAUAUCGGAGCCUUGCAAAUUUCUUAUAAAACCUGGCACACCCUGACGAACGGGAAGGAUCGAAGUCUUCCCGGAUUAGAGGGACUUCGGCCGAGCCAGCUUUUCUUCAUAAGCGCCGCCCAGACUUACUGUUCCAAUAUGACUGCCGAGGCCUACAUUCUUUCCGUUGAGCUCGAUUAUCACACACCUCAGCCUGAAAGAGUCAACGGUAUAAUGAUGAACUCUCAAGCAUUCGCGGAUGCGUUCCGUUGUCCGAUCGGAACCAAAAUGAACCCCCCUAACAAAUGUACCACAUGGUGAUGAUCAGGCUUGGACAAUCGUUCACCGACAGAUUUCAUCUACGACAUAUUCGAUCAUUUGGAUUCGAUACGGAAAAUGGCGUGCUGUGGUUGGACACACUCUAAGCGACAAGGGCUAAUCAUUUUUUCAGCAAUUGUCGAGCGAUCUUGCGUCGGAGGGAAUCGAUUCAGGAAUUCUAUCCGGAAAAUUGAAGAAUCGAAGUGGAAGGAUGCAUCGAGAGUUGGACGAGUAUUACGCUGGGAAGAUGCGAUUCGCGAUGACGGAGGAUCGACCGAUAGAUAAGCUUGUUACAGCGUUUUCAGAGUCUAAAGAACGGCCAACCGAGGAGAUGUCGAUCUUCGGUACGGUCGUCAAAGUAAUCUCGUUUAAACGCGCCAUUAAUGUUAAUAUCUCUCCCUAUGACGCUUUAGAGGACCUUAGAUUUAUUAUAGUGAAAGCAAUAAAUUGUACGGCGGAACAGACGAGAGUGUGAUACACACGAGCAAAAUACGAAUAAAAAGGAAACUAAUAAAGAUGUACACGUACACACGCAGAAUAAGUAAAUUUACAAAAAGCGCUUCGAUCGUUCAGUUUGCGACAAGGCGAGUAGAGAACCGGCAAGUUUGCUAAUGGAAUUAACAAAGCAUGUCGUUUAUUAGCGAGAUCAGAGUUUCUCGAUAAACAAGAAUAAAAGUAUACGGCCACGUUGUAGUCACGUGAACACGUGAUCAACGCGCAACUUUGUAGGAAAGGCGAGCUAUAUCUCUGACUCGCAUCUCUAUUCGAGUUAAAAAUUGAGAAAAGCUAACGAACAAUUUCUAGAAUCUCUCGAGUAACGAGUAUAGUUGAAAGUGACUCUCGGAGGAUCGAGACUAGGCCUCGAUGGAACGCGAAGUGCAAGUACUUUGCGAGAGAAAUCUCGUCGAUCAGACCGUGUCGUGCAAACGGCUUAACAAACGCGAACUGAAAACAUUUACGAAGCGAAUCGUUUAGUUUCUCGCGCACCGAUUGUCUUCGCUCUUGUUAGUCUGUAAAGCCUGUAAAUAACGUAUCCCCUGAUGAUCCUUUUCGGUUUAGUUUAGUUAACUUAACGUAAAUGGAGUUUGCGUAAAGGAGCUGUCCGUGUUGUAUCGUUUCAAAAAUAGAUUGGCUGGAAAAUCUCUCGUCGCGGAUAGUUCGCCUUACGCUGGUUCUACGAAGGCUUAGAGAGAUCAAACUGGUUAGCGCGCGCUUCUAUUCACCUGUUUCGUUCGGUUUUUCUCCGUACGGACACAAAUUUCGAUUAACGCUUCGCUUUUUAUUCGUGACACCGUUUCGCUCGGUUCUCGAUGGAAAUUCAGCUUUCAGUUGAGUCUAGUCGCUGCAGGCGAGCAGCUCACUCUUCCCUCGGCGAAUCGACGACAGCAUCUACACACCAAACUCUACUUUCUCCUUUCGAUCUUCUUAUCUUACACAUUUUAAUCCCUAUGAAUCUGCAGAACUUUUUUAUCAACACCUUAGAAAUAAGAGAUAUCCACAAAUUUGCAACGAUUCCUUUACAAUUCGAGAAACGUCGCACGUUUCACGUUUCCCUUUCUAAAUGUUCCUUGCACAAAAUACUCGUACGGUAGGUACACAGGUUUCGUUUACUCUCGUCGAGCGAUUGUUUCCCAGUGGGUUUCCCACUUGGUUUUAUCAACGAGCUUGUGAGACAUAAAUUGGUGAGCUGUUCGUCGUGGUGCUCGUAAUUCCCCUUGGUCGUCGAAACGGAGACACAAUGGUUCGCAUUCGAGCGAAAAGAACCAAUCGUGCGGCGAAAAGGAUUUCCAGAAAGGAGAUCCGAUUGUCGCGAGCCGACGGCUAGCGAAGGUUGUUACAAUUUUAGUGCGUUUACGCAAGAAUCGCGAUCUGUGAUAUUCUUAAGCAGUACUUAAGCAACUCGAGGGACGGUUCGACGCGCGUCUUCUCGAUGAUCUUGAUCGUAGGAAAAAUUCUAUUGGUUCAACGAUAAUUUAACGGAUCGUAAGAGGAAGAAGAGCUGUCGUGGACGGCGCUCGGAUGUCCCUCGUCGAAUCGAAAGCAUAAAGUCACGUUAUUCAAACACCGUUGUAAAUGUAAAUGGCUGAUAGCUGAUAUGGCAAAUAAAUAUGGUUUAUAUACAA